GGGUUAGUUUGUGAAGGUGUUGCUUGCUGGAAUGGUUACAGAGGAAGAGACACUGGAUCUGUGAAAGUUUGAGUAUUUAUCCAAGAAGGACCGUGCUCAGCUUCUGAUCUUAGCCUGGGCUCUGCAGAGCCAUCCUGCCUGGUUUGUGCGGCUGAGCCGGACGAGGGGGCGGUGGGGUGGCGCCACGUCAUAUCGGCCGCCGCGCUCCUAUUGGCUGCCGCGUCUCACCCGACACAGCUGUGAUUGUUUUCUGCAGAGGAAGCUCUCGUCUCUGGGGCUUUUGAUCGUCUGAUGAGCUGCAGCAGAGGAGGAAGAGGAGGGUUGAGUUUGGACCAGACUGCGAAGACGUCUGGAGAUCGAGCCCCGAAGUGCCAAAUGCCCAGACUGGAGCCCCGCUGCUGGAGCUGCUCCUGUGCGUCGAGCGUGGAAGCCAAGCACUCGUCCUCCGAAGCGACCUGGUUGGCGUCCAAAGCCGAAGAGAUGAUGUCCAUCAUCACGUCGGUGCUGAGCCAGGCCUACGGCUCCCUGCACGACGUCCGCACGGCCAACCUGAUCCGCCGGGGCCUGGUCCUCUUCACGGUGGGGGUCUUCCUCGCCCUGGUGCUCAACUUGCUCCAGAUCCAGAGACACGUCACCCUGUUCCCCGAGGAGGUGCUGGCCACCCUGUUCUCCUCCGCCUGGUGGAUCCCGCCGUGCUGCGGCACCGGGGCCGCUGUGGUCGGCCUCCUCUACCCCUGCCUCGACAGCCACUUGGGUGAGCCGCACAAGUUCAAGAGGGAGUGGGCCAGCGUCAUGAGGUGCAUCGCAGUGUUCGUCGGCAUCAACCACGCCAGUGUUAAACUAGACUUCGACAACAACGUGCAGCUCUCCCUGACGCUGGCGGCCUUGUCCCUGGGCCUGUGGUGGACCUUUGACCGGUCCCGCAGCGGCUUUGGACUGGGCAUCACCACGGCCUUCCUCGCCACGGUGUUCACGCAGCUGCUCGUCUACAACGGGGUCUACCAGUACACAUCUCCAGACUUCUUGUACGUACGCUCCUGGCUCCCGUGUAUAUUCUUCUCAGGAGGAGUUACCGUGGGAAACAUAGGACGCCAACUCGCCAUGGGUGGUGUGGAGAAACCACACAUGGACUGAGCGGCGGGAAAGACAGAAAAACCAGGCGGAAGAUGCCCGACGCUAAAAUGGACUAGUUCUGUGCAAGAGGAGGAGAGAAAAGACUCAUUGUUCUGACUUCAUCUGUUGUUAUCAUCAUAACAAACGUGCGGGUCGGAAAAAAAUCCCCUCGUCCAACGUGCCAUGUCCUCUGCACCUCCUUGUGGCCAAACAGCCUCUCGCUCCCACCUCCGUUGUUCUCCAUCAGCAUUAAGACUUCCUCGCCUUUUUCUUGUUUUUUUUAAAAAGUGGACUGAUUUUUAUUCCCAGGCAGGAAGUGUGUGUGACCUCCUGUGGUUAAUGGCGUGAGAUUUUUUUUUUCUUUCACUUAAGCGUGGCUGUAUUAGGAGAGAGAACUUGCAGUGGGGUCCUAUAGUGUCCAUUUUAGUUUGGUUUUUCUUUUCUUCCUGAAUUUAAAUGUGAUCACAAAAGGGAAAUGUGUGAAUGGACAGAAAAAGAAACUGUCUUCACUCUCAAAUAGAAAUGUAUUAAGAAGCUGCAGCUCCACUGUGGCACACGGGAGAUGUGUGUUCCCAAUCAAACCAAAAUUAAGUAUUUAUUUUGUGGAUUUUUCAAUGACCCCAAACCAAAUGAGGAUGAUGGUUCCCAUGUAGAAGGUUAACUCGAUUCCUCGCAGAGAGUUGGAGGAGAGGAUGACGAUCUUCUAAUCCAAGGGAACUUUUACGUGAUCAUUAAACGCAUCGUACAUGGAUUACGAUUUAAAGAGCGAUGAUAAAUGAAUGAAAGUGCCAAUUGGUUUAAUACCAAUCUUUAAUGGCGAAUAUUCACUCGGAAAUGAACAGUAUCAUAUUCACAAAUCACAUUACUAUUAUUCACGCAAACUUACUCCGAGACCUUCAGUAUAUUUUCGAGUGUGUCUCAGAGAAUUCGGACGGAGGAGUGUUUUCUUCGUUAAGCAGGACAUCAGAGUAUUAGCACGGACUGAAACAAACCCCACCAGUAAGAAUGCGGAUGUGAGAGAAUGUAUUGUACAAUUAUACUCCAACCACUUUCUACCAGCACCUGUGGUCACUGUUAACCACGUGUUAAACGUCCCGUCAGACGAACCUGUGUUUCCCAUCCAGAUGAAGAUUUUACCACAUUUUGAUUUCCCAGCAGUUGCUGUUGGUUUGGGAACAUACACCAGUCGAAGGAGAGGGGAGGACAUUUUUACUUAAGAUUUGCAAUCUGUGAUUGCCUGUGUAUUAUAGAAUGUAGUGCUUUUGUCACUAUAACUUUAGUUUUUCAUUGGUACCAACAUCUUGACAUUACUGCUUGUAUGUAUAAUGGCUUGCCUAUGUAAUCAGACAGGUGUAUUACCAUACUAGAUCUACAGUAUGUUAGUUAGUGUUUGGGGUCUAAAGGAUUAAGUGCAAUCAAAGUAUAUACAUGAGCCGAUUAUUCUUCCUUAUUUAUUAUUAUUUCUGACAGAGGCUUAAAAAAAAGUCUAAUUUGUAAGUAUAUGCAGUGGUGAUACUUAAAAGAAAAAAAGCAAUAACAUCUUUUGUUUUUUUUAGUGCGAAUUUUGUUGUCAGAGAUUACACAUGCCUUUUAGAGUCGAUACGAUGACUCAUCAGAGACACCAUUAAGAAAAAUAUAUACCGUGUCAAACUGUUCUCAUUUUAUUUAAUCUCAUAUUUUAGUAUAACCGAAGGAAACUUGAUUUAUUUUUUUAAGGAUUUUUAACGGCAGAUCGCUUCAGGAUCAUCUGCUCACAUUCAGGUGGACUCAACCGAAGAGGAAGCUUUAUUUUUUUCCGAGGUGGUGAAGCACCUUCUUGUUUUUUCGAUGUUUUAGAGUUUCUGUGUGUGCGUGUGUGUGUGUGUGUGUCGAUAUUUCAGCUGUGUAUCAUUUUUGCUACCUUGGAUUUAAGUGAAAAAUAAAAAACACCUGAUAAGGA